GCAAUGAAAGGGAGGGGUAGAGCCGAGGCAGAGGGAGGAGAGAAGAGGGCACACGUACCCGAUCAGAGCACAACAAACGCCAGUCCACCCUGAGCCUGGGGGAACCGGAGGCUUCACACUCAGUCAGCAGGACAAAGUACGCUGGACCAGGAGCUUCAGACCGCCGCGCUCAGGCUGCCAGCGAGGCACAACCUCAACACAUGAUCACAGAGCAGCAGGAAAAGCUGCAACGUUGCUCCAGCUGCUGGUUUCAAGGGGGGCGGACGACAAACCUGUGCUUUUCUGCGUGGCGUGUCAUUCACAGACUGACCUGUCAAGCCUAGUGGGACAUCCCAGCCAUGGAGGACACUCUCACCUGUACUCCCACCACCUUUUCCCAGGUCUUCGGCCGCCAAGGACAGCUGAUGCAAGCUACUGUGCAGUCUCUGAACAGCCUGAACGACCAGAUCGCUCACUUCAUGGUGAGCAAACCCAACACCAUGAGCCAUGAAGAGGACACCUUCCUGCCCACCGAGAGGGAUACUUUGAGCCAAUCCAUGGCUCUAAUGAGACACCUGCUCAUGGACGCACAGGGCAAAAUCCUGAAAAUGAUGGAGGACAACAAGCAGCUGGCUCAGCGGAUCGAUGGGGCCAUCCAGUCGGCCAGCCAGGAGGUGACCAACUUGCGCUCCGAGCUCUCCGCCACCAGCCGCAGACUGGCCGAGUUGGGGGCGUGCAACCCUGCCGGCCUGGAGAACAACCAGCAGAACCACCAUCACCACCUCCACGAUCCUUCGCUCCACCACCGGCAGAAAGCAGUGGUUUCUGAUCUCACUUUCCAGACGGGCAUGUCGAGUUUGAUGGACUUUGGAACUCCAGAUUCUUCACUUGACAAAGUGUUGCUGAGGGAGGAGGUGGCUCAGUUGCAGGAGGAGGUGCACCUCCUCAGGCAGAUGAAGGACAUGUUGAGUAAAGACCUGGAGGACUCGCACGGCGGCUGCUCGGCCGACACGCUCUCCGCCGCCGAGCUCAAGGUGCAGCUGGGGGAGAAGGAGCAGGAGCUGGAACGUGCCAAGGAGGCCUUACAAGCUAUGAAGGGUGAUCGGAAACGGUUGAAGGCAGAAAAGGCUGACCUUGUGAACCAGAUGCAGCAGCUGUACACCACACUGGAGAGCCGAGAAGAGCAGCUCCGAGACUUCAUUAGAAACUAUGACCAGCACAGAAAGGAGAGUGAGGACGCGGUAAAGGCUCUGGCUAAAGAGAAGGACAUGCUGGAGAGAGAAAAAUGGGACCUGCGCCGGCAGACCAAAGAGGCCACAGAACAAGCCAGCACCCUACGCUCCCAGAUCGACAUGAAGGAGAACAGAAUCAAAGAGCUGGAGGCAGAGCUCACUAUGGCAAAGCAGUCUCUAGCCACCCUCACUAAAGACGUGCCAAAGCGUCACUCGCUGGCGAUGCCGUCGGAGCCGGUGGUGAACGGCAGUCAGGAGUGGGUGAUGCAAGCAGACCUUCCCCUUACUGCGGCAAUCAGACAGAGUCAACAGACCCUGUACCAUUCACACCCUGCGGACAGGCAAGCUGCUUUGAGGAUCAGCCCCUGUCACUCCCGCCAGCCCUCCAUCAUCUCCGACGCCUCGGCUGCCGACGGUGACCGCUCAUCCACCCCGAGCGACAUCAACUCGCCCCGCCACAGGACUCACUCCCUCUGCAAUUCCAUGGAGGACCUCGAGGACCAGAAGCGUAAGAAGAAGAAGGAGAAGAUGAGUCUCGGCUCACUUUCUCGAGUGUUUGCCCGGGGAAAAUCUCAACGCAAGUCCUUGGAUCCGGGCCUGUUUGAUGACUCAGACAGCCUAGCCAGCCAGAACCAUCCAAGCCUAUCAGAUGGCGAGGAGCAGCUGGAGCGGCUGCAGCAGGCGGAGCUUACGCGCAGCAAGCCCAUGUCUCUGUGGAAGGCGGUCACUGUGCAGGCCUGGCUGGAGGUUGUCAUGGCAAUGCCCAUGUACAUGCGCGCCUGCUCAGAGAAUGUCAAGAGUGGGAAGGUGUUGCUGGGGUUGACCGAUGAGGACCUGGAGCUGGGUUUGGGCAUCAACAGCCCCAUGCACCGCAGGAAGCUCCGUCUAGCUAUCGAGGACUACCGAGAAGCAGAGAAUGGACGAGGACUUUCCAAAGCUGCUGAUAUGGAUCAUCACUGGGUGUCCAAGACCUGGCUGAGUGAUGUCGGGCUUCCCCAGUACUCACAGGUCUUCCACAACCAGUUGGUGGACGGCAGAGUACUGAACUCCAUCACGCGGAGAGACCUGGAGACCGUCUUUAACAUCACCAACAAGUUUCAUGUUACCAGCAUUCUGUCAGCCAUUCAGCUUCUGCAAAUGCUCAACUUUGACAAAGAGACUAUACAGGCACGUCGUGCUCAGUGUGAAAAUCGAGAUUUGGAUCCAGUGGUCUGGACCAGCCACCGUGUCAUUAAAUGGAUCAGAGACAUUGAUCUGAAGGAGUAUGCUGACAGCCUUCAGAACAGCGGCAUCCAUGGUGCAGUGAUGGUUCUAGAUCCGACCUUCAGUGCAGACACCAUGGCCAAGGCUCUAGAUAUCCCCAGCAAUAAACACAUGAUCCAUCGUCAUCUAUAUGAAGAAAUGAAAGUGCUUCUCAACCCGGCAAGGACUAACCAGGCUCAGGACUACAGGAAAGACGGGACUCCUACACAUUCUCCCAGCUCAAACUGCCGCAAAACUGAGGAAGGAUUUUCUCCCAGGCAAAAAGUUGGCAAGAGCCCUUUGAGAUUCAAUCCACUGGUUGCUGUUGGGAGAGACUUGACUUUUCAAGGCGGCUGUGGAUCACCUCCCAGAGAAGAACGAAUCAAGAUCCUGCAGAGGACCAAGGGCAGUCCCAUGCAUGGUUACUCGAGCAUAGAGAUCACUAAUGUCUGAAGACCACGCUCUGUGUCUGCCUCAGAUGAACUAGGAAGGAUGAACCUCCCCUAACCUCUAAAUGGACCAAAUGAGCUCAAUUAUUUGUAAAAGAGAUUUGGGAAUUGACCAUUUGCACUUUAGAGAAUUUUGUAUUGGCAACAAAUCACAACUAAGCACUUGAUUUAAAAUUUUAUAGACAUGCUGCAUUAAAAAGCAAAUAUUUUGUUACUAACAUAAUACAUAGACGAACUUGUAAAUUCCAGUCUGAACUGUAAGUAUGCAGCUGAAAUCAAUACCACAUGUUCAGAUGUCUAUAUCCUCCAUCAAGGCCAUUGCAACACUGUGCUUGUUUAAAGUUACAGGAAAUGCUGGAACGAAGAAUAGCGUUGUUAAUAUAUUGUGAUAACACUUUGAA